AGUAGCAGCAGGGACAUUACAUCGAUCAGUCAAGACUGGAGGAUUAGGCCUACCCAACCUAACCGCAUACCACAGGGCAGCAUACCUACAUAACAUCACUCAAAUCAACAGGCUUACCGACGUCCCACAAUGGGUGACGAUUGAAGCCAGCAAAGCACCACAUGGUGAUUUCCGGUCACUCAUGUGGAAACAGACGAAAAAUAACCGUGAACUAGACGCCCUCCUACCAACUACCCAAACCCUACUGCGAGUAUGGAACACAAUGAAACGCGAAUUAGUGUCAAAACCGACGUUACCCCUAGCCAUGCCAAUGCGCACUAUUGGACUGGAGAUCCCUACCUUCCCUUGGGAAAUAUGGGUGAAGGGAGGUGUACACCACAUGUACCAAAUGAUAGACAGGG